CUCAAGCUCCGAGAAGCGGCGUCUGUGUAUCUCACCAUGCUUGCAGUCUUCCUGGUCAUCUUAGUUGUUGCCCUGCAAGGCACAGCUCCCAGGGAGAACGACUUCCCUUACAAAGUGCCCCUGGACCCACAAGGCAUCGUGGAGCUCUCGUGGAAUGUUAGCUACCAGCGAGAAGAGGUGCAUUUCCAGAUCUUGGUCAAGGAGCUGAAAUUUGGGCUGCUUUUCGGCAUGUCGGACCGAGGUGACUUUGAGAACGCGGAUCUGGCUGUCCUCUGGAGUGAUGGAUUCCAAUCCUAUUUUGCAGAUGCAUGGAGUGACCAGAGGGGGCAACUGCACAUGGAUACUGAACAGAACUACAAGCUCCUCAGAGCACAGAAAACCUCUGAGGGACUCUACCUGCUGUUUAAAAGGCCCUUUAGAACCUGCGACCCCAAGGACUAUCUAAUUGAGGAUGGUACUGUGCACCUGAUCUAUGGGAUUCUGGAGAAACCAGUUUCUUCCCUUCAAGCAAUCAAUGUUUCGGCCGUGCUCCAGAAAGGACUGCAAAGGGUGCAGCUGCUGAAACCCAAGAUCAGCAUUCCCAAACUGCCUGGGGACCUGGAGAUCAUGGAGAUAAGAGCACCUGACUUGGUCAUACCCGGCCAGGAGACCACAUAUUGGUGCUAUGUUACUGAGCUCCCUGAUGGCUUUGCAAAGCAUCACAUUGUCAUGUAUGAACCUGUGAUCACCGAGGGCAACGAGGCUCUUGUCCACCACAUGGAGGUCUUCCAGUGCACCACGCAGUUCGACACCUUCCCACAUUACAGUGGGCCUUGUGACUCUAAGAUGAAGCCGGAGCGCCUGAAGUAUUGCAGGCACGUGCUGGCAGCCUGGGCAAUGGGAGCACAGGCCUUUUACUAUCCAGAAGAUGCAGGACUUGCAUUCGGAGGUCCCAGGUCGUCCAGAUUUCUCCGCCUGGAAGUUCAUUAUCACAAUCCCCUGGAGUUCAAAGGCCGCCAUGAUUCUUCUGGGAUCCGCCUCUACUACACGGCCUCACUCCGCCCUCACGAUGCUGGAAUCAUGGAACUGGGCUUGGUGUACACUCCAGUGAUGGCAAUCCCACCGGGUGAAAGCCACUUCUACUUGACAGGUUACUGCACUGAUAAAUGUACCCAGGUGGCUUUGCCUCCUACUGGGAUUCAUAUCUUUGCCUCUCAGCUGCACACCCACUUGACCGGUAGGAGUGUGAUGACGGUGCUGUCCCGUGACGGGAGAGAAGAGGAAAUUGUGAACUCGGAUCAACAUUACAGCCCCCACUUCCAGGAGAUCCGCAUGUUAAGAAAGAUGGUGACUGUUUUGCCAGGUGACGUGCUCAGGACUACAUGUGCUUACAACACUGAGGACAGGACUCAAGCAACUGUGGGUGGUUUUGGCAUUAUGGAAGAAAUGUGUGUGAAUUAUGUCCACUACUACCCCCAGGGGGAGCUGGAGCUAUGUAAAAGUGCUGUUGAUAUGGGCUUCCUUCAUCGAUAUUUUAAUCUCAUCAACAGAUUUAAUGAUGAGGAAGUCUGCACAUGCCCGGAGACUUCUGUUACACAGCAGUUUUCUUCUGUCCCUUGGAAUUCUUUCAACAGGGACGUCCUGAAGUCCCUCUAUGACUUUGCUCCAAUUUCUGUGCACUGCAAUAAGUCCUCAGCUGUUCAAUUUCCGGGUGAAUGGGAGAAGCAGCCUCUGCCGAAAAUCACUGAGGUGCUGCCGGAUACAGCCCCACACUGCGAGCACCGCCUGGGCCAUCUCCCGACAUCCCCCACUCUUGUUAAGCUUGACAGAGGUGCAGCCAAUGGAGAGCUGGGCCUGCCCUGA